AUGAGGGCACUCGUUUGGUUAUUAAUUGCUCUGUACAUAACUUGUGUAUCAUCGACUUCGGUGAGUUCAUCUGAGCUCGAAGAAGAUGUUUUGGUUGAAGACGCUACAACUUUAGAGGACAACACGGAGGAGUUUGAGUUGGAGGACAAGCCCAAACAUGCACACAAGCAUUGGUAUGCGAAACGAAAUUGGUGGUUACAGCGCCACUGGUAUAAACAGUGGAGACGUCAAAUGAGAAAGUGGCAACGCAAGCAACAACGCAAAGCAAAACGGAUGUCGCGAAUGAAAGAGUCGAAUGGCCACCGCUACAGAGACUAUUUGCGAUUGAAACGCGCUAAACGCACAUUACAAAAACAGCUUCACAUUCGCUCAGUCGCAGCAAUUCAAGCGAAAGUACUUCGCGCGUCUUCUCGUAUGGACACGAACAGAAGAAUCUUUAAAGGACUGAAGAAGCAAAUAGUGAUGAAAAUCGAAUUGAUUCAAAAGGAACAAGACCCGAAGAAGAAACAAGAGUUAACGACCGAAUUGAAAGCACUUGUCGAACAAUCAAAACGAAUCAGAAAGAUGAUAGUCAAGACUGCCGUGAGAGAAGGAAAGCACUUCACUCAAUUAAUUGCGGCCAAGAAGGCACAUAAGAUGGUCAAGCGAAUUUUGAAAGCAAAGAGAAGAGUCGGUUUGGAGAAAAAGGUUCUGAAGGCCUUGAACAUCGCUGACAUGAAAAUCGGGCGUAUCGCAGAGAAGAACAAAUACAACGCAAAGCGAUUCCAAAAACAAACUGCACGAAUGAUCAAGAGAAUUUGCAAGAGAAUGAGACUUGGGAAGAAGACAUGUAAGAAGCUUGCGAUGAAAUUACACGGAAAGGUCAAACACAUCUCGAAGAAGAUCAUGAGAAGAUAUAAUAAGAAGCAAGAUCAGUUGAAGAAGAACUUGGAGAAGAGAAUCGAAGGAAAGAUGGUAAGAAAGACUGUGAAGGGAAUGGCGAAGAAGUUUGAACAUAACUAUCAAGCAAUCGCAAAAUAUCGAGACGUUCUUGAUGUCACUUGUAAGAUGGAUCCGAAGAGUUGUGAUUUCUUCAGACGCUCGAUGGGUGAUAUGGUUCCUAUGCUUUAA